UGUUUUGUGUCUCAUUCACCAUCGUCGCAACAAUACUAUUUCCACCUCGCGAGCAACGCUCCUCCAUGAGCUGCUUCGUAAACCGCUCAUAGGACAGUGUUGUACGUGCAACCAAUCAGAGCUGUCGGCCGUUUUACGGUGUCUUCCAGGGCUUUGAACCAUCAAGCAUAUUCCAUUGCCGCGCUAUCAGCAGGAGAGCAGAAAGCGCGUCUCGGGUUCUCACGGGUACACUGGAUGUGAUGAUGUUUUUGUAAGUCACAACGAGGGCUUGGAGCUAAACGUUGAAGGAAAUACAUAACCAGCUGCAUCAAGAAACCAAGAGAUUCUACCAGUUGUAGCAGCAUAGAGGGGGAGAUGGAGGGCUCCCACGCUACCACAGGUCCUAAUAACGGGGAGGAGUUCAAAGUUCAGACGGCGAAGCACAACAACCACGCCCCUAUGCGGCCACCUAGCGAGCAGUCAAAGGACCGGGCCCAGAAGCGCCUGUCAGCGGAGUCAAACGGGGUCAGUGAGGGUGGGGCCGGGGCGCGCACCCCCGUGGAAGUGACGGCACUGGAGGAGGCCUUCCGCCGCUUCGCCGUCCACGGGGACACGCGCGCCACUGGUAAGGAGUUGCAUGGCAAGAACUGGUCCAAGCUGUGCAAAGACUGCAGUGUCAUCGACGGCAAGACCAUCACUCUCACAGACGUGGACAUCGUCUUCUCCAAAGUCAAGAAGAAAUCCUGCCGCACCAUUACAUUCAACGAGUUCAAAGAAGCUCUCACAGAGCUGUCCAGGAAACGGUUCAAAGAGAAAAGCAAUGACGAAGCAGCAGAGGAGGUCUUCAAGCUGAUCGAGGGCAAAUCACCAAUCAUAGCUGGAGUCACAAGAGCAGUGGCCUCGCCCACCGUGUCACGCCUGACUGACACCACCAAGUUCACCGGCUCACACAAGGCGCGCUUCGACGAGACAGGCCGUGGGAAAGGCAAGGCAGGCCGCGUAGACGUCCUGGACAAGUCAGGUUAUGUAUCCGGCUACAAACACAAAGGCUCGUACGAGAAGAAGAUGCAGCCGAGGCCCAAACCAGAGUGAGACGCUGCUGGGGUCACGCUGGGGUCACGCCAGUCAGAAGAGUUAGCAGAGAAACACCAUCUUAAAUCGCAUCCCGAACUGUCCUCUGUCUGUCUCUUGUUCUAACACCAAACAGAAAAAAAGAAGCACAACAAGGAAAUAUUUUCCAUUUCAUGUUAUUGUUUGUUAUCAUUUGUGAGUGAGAUGUGGUUCAAGUUCCUUUUUUUCCAGUGAUGUUUGAGAACUGGAACGUUGUUUACAUCUACACAAAGACAUCACCAGCUGGUACAUUCCUAACCAAUACCAAGCCACUGCCAAGCAUUAAGAGGAACCACCAUGGAAGGGAAAGCACUAUGAAUUAUGAAGUCUUACUAAUGCAAUAGGGCCUUACACUGCCAAGAGCUAUGAGGAUCAUUAUGCCAAGAAAAACAAUGAGAAAUCAUCUAACUAGAUUGCACUUUUCACUGGUCUUUCCUCUAUUCAUUUUCUGAGUCGUUUAACUGUAGAAGUGAUUCCCUUCAUUUAAUCAUACAAACUUUAUCAUUUCCUUACAGAAGUAGUUGAAGUGAAAGUAUAUUGUUUCUAAAUAUACUUCACUUGCGUCCUCUCCCUGGUGAGUGUUUGGGUAGAGGGUAAAGAGUAGAGCCCUCAGUAUACCACUUUCACAAUGUUUGGCACUUAACCUUGUCCUUUCACUGUUUAAAAGAUUUGAAAAUCACUAAUCACUGAUAUACCAUAAUACUGUUUUACUCAUUAGGUUAAUGGAGUUGGUCUUUGUAUGUACCCUUGUGGUUAACGACAGGUCUUAUUAUUUUCUCACAAUUCACGUUAAACCAGUGCCGUACCGUUCAUGUGUAAAUGUUUUUUUUCAUUUCAACUCUAGGACAAACAGUAUGUUCAUUUCCCCCCAACCAUCAAAAGUAGUGCACAGGUCCUAGGCCACUGAAAUACAACGGCACAUAUGCAACUGGACGCGAUUAGUGUUAGGUACAACAUAUGCGCCGCGCAUUCAGAAACCAGAAACCGCUAGCUUCUUGGAAACAAAAGAUAUGGUAUUCAAGAUUGUAUUUUAAAAAAUCUUGUUGUUUUGAGUUAUGUGGUCCUUAUUAUUUAUGGAAUGCUAGUAUAUGGUAUGCUACAAUGUUAGCUUGAACUCAAACACUGGCUGCCUAUUUGUAAUCUGUGUGCAUUUUUCAGUGCAUUGUGAAUUGUAUCCGCCCUAUAAAGUACAUUAUGUUUAAGACGCAUCGCUUGCGCUAACAACAUUGACGUUACCAGGGAUACUUUGUUCAUGUCCACACAAUGCAUACAGAAGAGAAGAUGGUAAAGACAUUGUGUAUUUUAACUUAGCAUAGUCCAAAAAUGCCAUCCAUUGCUAUUUUCUGUGGUGAAAUGACAACCUGAAAAAGUUCUAUGAAUAACCUUAAUUUGUUUGUGUGGUAUAUCACACGGUCUGAAUUUUAUUACAAUUGAGCAGAAUACCGUAGUUCUACCACCAUCAUGUUGAACCAGCAUAUAACACACACAUUUACUACUUUUUUAACAAGUGAACUAAUUACAGUUUUAUACAUUUCAUACUAAGCCACUUUGCUACAUUUUGAACUAUGUGCAAUGUAUCAGAUCAGACAAAAAGCAACCAUGUUUACAGUUAAUGUGUUUUUAACUAAAUAGCCAAAUUUGAAACAGCUUUAGCUGCACAGGGUAAGCACGACAGGUCUUAUGUCAUUUAAUUUUGCCCUUGAUGUCUUUCCACAUCCUUCAAAAUUGAUUAGUCCAAUUAAGCUAACAUAGAGGGACAAAAAUUCCCAUAAUCAAAUAUUUAUUGAUAGUUCAUUUGACUAUCUGAAGGAAAGGGAAUAACAGGUAUGUAUUCUACAGAACAUCUAUUUUUCACACAUAGUGACAUACUGUUCCUUCCAUAUUCAUAGCCAGUAGAGUUAGCCUAGAAAGUGACUUGUAUUUAUGUGAAAAUAUUACUGUACUAGCAGUUGGAAGUAUUUAAUGUAUGAUUUGAUGUUUGUGUGCUUACUGCCAAAUAUUGUACACCAUUUGUGUUGAGGAACAAUAUUGUCUUAUUUUUUAAGAAUAACUUUUUUCUAAUGGUUUUGUGCCCUGAUGCAUGUUAUCUGGUCAUGGUAUGGUACUUUAGACCGUGCAGUAUAUGUGUGUCCCAGUUUUGUAGCAUUGUUGAAAAUAAAAAUAAAUGAAACCUUGCCUGGA